UACAUGGUUCGGUUCGGUCGUGCACAUAGAGCAUCGCAAGCUUGUGCAGGCCGGGUUAUAAGAACAGGUAGAAAGAGAAGAGAUUCACAGAUUUCUUAUGAUUUAUUUGUAACUAUUUCGAAUUUACUUAUAUCCGUGAGUGAAAUCUAACCGAUUUUUGGCGAGGAUUUUCAUUUCGGAACGUGAAGAAGCUCUACGAAAACUGAACGUGGACAAAGGAAAUCUUGAAAGUAGAUCAAGAUGCAGGAAUCUCAGCCGAAGAAAGGCAAGAAAGCCAGAAGAAAGAGGAAUGAUAGUGAUGAAGAUAUUGAGAAAGUGUUGGCUGAAUUGGAAAUGGAAUAUUCUGGACAGAAGAAAGAAGAGCCAGUCGACCAGAAGCCUGAGGAGGAUAAAAAGGAAGAGGAUAAAAAGAAGAAUAAAGGAAAGAAUAAAGGGAAAAAGGAAAAAGGAGAUAUUAUUGAUAUUAAAGAAGAGUUGAAGGCCACUGUACUUCUAGAUGAGAACGAUAUGAUCGAUGAUGAGACAGACAUGGAAAUUAGCACUGUGAAAACUGCUGCGCAGAAGAAGAAAGAGAAAAAAGAAAGAGAAAAGCAAAAAAAACUUGCCCUAAAGAAAGCGGAAGUAGCUAAGAAAGAUGAAGAUGAAACGUCUGUAGAGAAUAAGCAAAAUGAGAAACAACCAGAAAUGAAGGUACCAGAAACAAAGGUAGCUGAAACGAAAGAAACAGAUGCUCCAGUAUCUGUUGAAGGUGACGAGGGGAAGAAAAAGAAAAAGAAGGCUGCAAAGGAAGAGACGAAAGAGAAAGAUAAAGGCAAGGGUCCUGGGAAGAAGACUAUUGCUGCGAUGCAAGAGGCCUUAAAAAAAUUAAAAGAAGAAGAAGAAAGGUUAAAGAAGGAAGCGGAAGAGAAGUUACGACAAGAAGAACUGCGAGAACAAGCUCGUUUAGAACAAAUUAGGCUUGAACAGGAACGAAAAGAGAGGAAAAAGCUUAAGGAGAAACAAAGGAAAGAAAGGUUGAAAGCAGAAGGGAAGCUGCUGACCACAAAACAGAAGCAAGAUAGGGCAAGAGCGCAGGCCAUGAUCAAUGCUCUUAAAGCUCAGGGCUUAGAUUUACCGAUCGGUGGAGAGAAAAAACCUACUGGAGAAAGGAGGCCAGGAACUCGAGUGAAAUCGAAUAAAGUGAAACAGCAAACGAGCGUCGAUGAAAAGGAUGAUGAAAGGACAGAGGAAAGUGUGGCGGAAACGGAUAAAGUUGAAGUUGAAAUUGUGGACGAACAACAAAAAGAACCUGAAGAGAAGUUAGACGACGUCAAGGAUUCGUGGGAUGCGGAGACCAGUGAGGAAGAACGGGACGAAGAUAAAUCAGAUGAUGUGCCAAAAACCCCUAAGAAGAUUAAAGAAACAAUUCUUCCCAUUGGAAAAGCAAAGCAACCGCCGAUUAUACAGACUACAAAAGACUCGUCGGAGAGCGAGUCUGAGAGUGAAAGCGAAAGUGAAUCGGAAUCGGACGAGAGUGAAGAUGACAGUGGCCUAGAAGAUAAGGUGUCAGAUGCGGCGAAGAAGAAGGAGCGAGUUAGGGAACGAAUACAACUUCGAAGAAUAGAAGCGGAGAAGAAGAGAUCGGUGGACAAUCUACGAGCCGCCGUAGUAUGUGUUUUGGGUCACGUCGAUACCGGGAAAACGAAAAUUCUAGACAAAUUAAGGAGGACGAACGUACAGGAUGGGGAAGCGGGAGGUAUUACUCAACAAAUUGGCGCGACGAAUGUACCCAUCGAUGCUAUUCGAGAAUCGACUAAACACAUCAAGGGAUAUGCCGAUAAAAAAUUCAAGAUUCCCGGACUUUUGAUAAUAGAUACACCUGGACACGAGUCUUUUAGUAAUUUAAGGAACCGUGGAUCUUCUCUUUGUGAUAUAGCGGUGUUAGUGGUAGACAUUAUGCAUGGUUUAGAGCCGCAAACUAUCGAAAGUAUUGAUCUACUGAAGGCGAAGAAAUGUCCUUUCGUCGUAGCUUUAAACAAAAUCGACAGAUUGUAUGAUUGGCAAACUAUGAAUCGAAAGGAUAUUCAAGACAUCGUGAAGAGUCAAGCUAUUAACACGCAGCGAGAAUUUGAGAAACGUUCGAAGGACGUUAUUGUGCAAUUUGCCGAGCAAGGAUUGAAUGCUGCGUUAUUCUACGAAAAUCCUGAUCCUAGGACUUACGUUUCUCUUGUGCCUACCAGUGCCAUUACAGGCGAAGGUAUGGGUAACCUGCUAUCGUUAAUAGUCGACGCUUGCCAAGGUCCUCUAGCUAAGAGACUCAUGUACAGCGAGGAACUACAAGCGACAGUCUUGGAAGUGAAGGCGCUUCCAGGUCUUGGAACCACGAUAGAUUGUAUUCUAGUCAAUGGAUUGUUGAGGGAAGGUGAUACAAUGAUAGUAGCGGGUACCGAUGGUCCUAUAGUAACUCAAAUUCGUUCGCUUCUUAUGCCGCAGCCAUUGAAAGAGCUGAGAGUCAAAAACGCUUAUAUCGAACACCGCGAAGUGAAAGCCGCGCAAGGAGUAAAGAUAGCCGCGAAAGAUCUGGAAAAGGCGAUCGCGGGAUUGAAUCUCCAAGUGGCUCAGAAGCCUGACGAAGUAGAAGUGCUGAAGGAAGAAAUUGCUAAAGAAUUGUCUAGCGCACUCGGGAAUAUUCGGCUUGUGGAACGUGGCGUGUACGUGCAGGCGUCAACGUUGGGCGCCCUCGAGGCUCUGUUAGAUUUCCUCAAGAGCAGCAAGAUACCGUACGCUGGAAUUCGUAUUGGACCGGUCGUUAAAAAGGAUGUUAUGAAGGCAUCCAUCAUGCUGGAGCACGACAGCCAAUACGCAACGAUCCUUGCGUUCGACGUGAAAAUCGAAAGAGACGCCCAGGAAUUGGCCGACUCGCUCGGUGUCAAGAUCUUCCAGGCGGACAUCAUUUAUCACCUGUUCGACAAGUUCACCGCGUACAGAGAGGAGCUGAAGCAACGGAAACGUGACGAAAACAAGCACAUCGCCGUGUUCCCUUGCAAACUUCGUAUUCUGCCGCAGUACAUUUUCAACUCCCGAGAUCCCAUCGUGAUGGGCGUGAUGGUCGAGGCGGGAAUCGUGAAAGAAGGAACGCCACUCUGCGUACCCAGCAAAGAC